UUUAAAAAAUAAAUAAAUAAAAUUUACCAUCUUUAAUUAUAUAAUUUUUAUGAAUAAAUUCUCUAACAACAUUUGAAAUUAGGUCGAUGUGAUGUUGGAAAAUAUUAGGAAAGUGGUGUGUUGAAUUCAUCAAUUCAACAUUGUCUAGUUUGGUUCGCUCGUUUUUUAAUUUUUUUAUGCUAAACAAGAAAUAAUUCAAUUCCAUGAUCAUCGGCUUCCAUGAACCUUCUAUUGAGCUAUAUACAAUAGUCCAAGUUGCGGAUUACUGCAUAGAGAAUUAGAGGAGAAUUCAGUGUAUUCUUCAUUGUUUUUUAUUAUAUCGAUUUCUAUGUCUGCUUCUUCCGAGUCCACAAGAUGGAUCUACGAUGUAUUCUUGAGCUUCAGGGGCAACGAUGCUCGCAACCCAUUCAUCUUUCAUCUCUACAACGCUCUCACCCAAGCCGCGAUUCACGUCUUCAGGGACGACGAGGAGCUCCAGAGAGGAGACGAGAUCUCCACCUCGCUGACUCGAGCCAUCGAAGCUUCUAGAAUCUCUCUUGUUGUCUUGUCACAAAACUUUGCGGCUUCCAAAUGGUGCCUGCAAGAGUUGGAGAAAAUAAUGGAGUGCCAUAGAACCAUAGGCCAGAGGGCUAUUCCGGUGUUCUAUGAUGUAGAUCCAGCGGAGUUGCGCCAUCAGAGAGGCACCAUUGGAAGUGAUUUGCAGUAUCACAUGGAAAGGUUCUCAGAGGAAAAAGUCAACGUCUGGAGGUCGGCGCUCCGGGACGUUGCUAACCUUUCAGGAUUCGAUUUGCAAAAUUCCAGGAAUCAAGCUGAGGAUAUCAAUAGGAUUGUAGAAAGUAUCACUGCUUUGCUAGACAAUACAAUCUUGUUUGUUGCUCAACAUCCUGUUGGAGUAGAGUCUCGUGUACAACAUGUGAUCAAUCUGUUAAACUCCAACAGAUCCGAUAAUGUUUUGAUAUUAGGAAUAUUGGGAAUUGGGGGAAUUGGAAAAACAACUAUUGCCAAAGCCAUUUACAAUCAAGUUCAUGGUUGUUUUGAGGGUUAUUGCUUCCUUCCAAAUAUAAGAGAAUUUUGGAUGCAGAGUACUAGCCAAGUUCAUUUGCAAGAACAGCUUCUUUCAAACAUCUUCAAAGCUACAAAGAUAAGGAUACAUAACAUCGACUCUGGAAAAAUUAUAUUACAACAAAGACUUUGUGGGAAAAAGUUGUUUCUUAUCCUUGAUGAUGUUGAUGAAUUAGACCAACUAAAUGCAUUGUGUGGAAGUCGAGAAUGGUUUGGUCCAGGUAGUAGAAUAAUCAUCACAACAAGAAAUGAACAUCUUCUUAAAGUUCUUCAAGUUGAUCACAUUUCUAGGAUGUCAAUAUUGGACCAUGAUGAAUCUAUUGAGCAUUUUAGUUGGCAUGCAUUUAAGCAAAAAUGUCCCAAGAGAGAAUUUCUUGAACUUUCUAAGAAGGUAGUUGCCUAUUGUGGGGGAUUGCCACUAGCUCAUGAGGUUAUUGGGUCUUUGUUGUUUGAUAGGAUGGAAAAAGUGUGGGAAAGUGUAUUGGAGAAACUCACAAGAAUUCCUAACCAUGAAGUGCAAAAGAAGCUAAGAAUAAGUUUUGAUAGUUUAGUUGAUGAUACAAUCAAAGAAAUUUUCCUUGACAUAGCAUUUUUCUUUAUUGGGAUGAGUCGAAAUGAUGUGAUACACAUUUUAGAUGAAUACAAUGCUGAAAUUGGAAUAGACAUCCUUAUAGAUCGAAGUCUUGUGACUGUUGACAACAAUAACAAGCUUGGAAUGCAUGAUUUGCUGCGAGAUAUGGGAAGAGAAAUUGUUCGCGAGAAAUAUCCCAAAGAGCCAGAAAACCGUAGCAGGUUAUGGUUACAAAAGGAAGUGAUUGAAGUGCUACAAACACAUAUUGGGACAAGAGCAACUGAGGGACUAGUCUUGAAGUUGACAAGAACCAAUACAAUUUGUUUGGAGGCUAAAGCAUUUAAAGAGAUGAAAAAACUCAGAUUGCUUCAACUUGUUGGUGUACAACUUGGCAGAGAUUUUGAAUAUAUCUCAAGAGAUUUGAGAUGGCUUUAUUGGCAUGGAUUUCCUUUGAAAAACAUACCACCAAACUUUUCUCAGGAAAAUGUAGUUUCCAUUGAGUUAGAAUCCAGUUGUCUCAAAUUAGUGUGGAAGGAACCGCAGUUUCUGGAGAAGUUGAAAAUUCUGAAUCUCAGUCAUUCCCAAAACCUGAGACAAACCCCAAACUUUUCAUACUUGCCAAAUCUUGAAAAGCUGCUACUCAAAGAUUGUUCAAGGUUGUCUACAAUUUCAGACACGAUAGGACAUCUGAAAAAGAUUCUUGUAAUAAAUUUAGAAGACUGCAUUAGCCUUGGCAACCUGCCAAGAAGCUUUUAUAAGUUGAAAUCUCUGACCACUCUCAUCAUUUCCGGAUGCUCAAUGAUUGACAAAUUGGAAGAGGACUUGGAACAAAUGGAGUCAUUAAUAACUUUAAUUGCAGAUAAGACUGCAAUAACACAAGUGCCAUUUUCAAUAGUAAGAUCAAAAAGCAUUGGAUAUGUUUCUCUGUGUGGUUAUGAAGGAUUCUCACGUGAUGUGUUUCCCUCUCUCAUUUGGUCAUGGAUGUCACCAACAAAUAAUCUUUCAUCUCUAGUUUCUGCCCCAGAACUUGUUUCCUUCUUAGAUUUACCAAAGCUUCAAUAUCUUCAAGUAGAGUGCAACUCAGAUCUUCAAUUAGCUGAAGGUGUAACAAAAAUUUUGGAAAUAUUGUAUGCCACAUACUACAAUGAAUUAGAAGCAAUUCCAACAACAUCACAAGUCUUGAAUAUUGAAACUUCAACAAUAAUUGAUUUUCGCAGUGAAUUUCAAAUUAAUGGAUUAGUGAAGUCUCUUUUAAUUGAAGUGGGAGCGAAGAGCCAAGUCAGUGGUAUUCUUAAGGAAAGAAUCUUACAGAAAUUAAAUACGAAUGACCAUGAUCGUCAAUCUGUGCUGCCCGGUGACAAUUAUCCUGAUUGGUUGACCUUCAAUAGCGAAGGUUCAUCCAUACACUUUAAAGUUCCUCACAUUAACGGGCGUGACUUGAAGACAAUGAUGUUAUGCGUUGUUUAUUCUUCUUCCCAAGACACAAUCUCAUCAAAAUGUCUUCAAAAUGUGUUAAUCAUAAAUUACACAAAGUAUACCAUUCAGGUCUAUAAACGUGACACAUUAGCCUCUCUUCAAAAUGAGGACUGGCAAUGCAUAAUUUCAACUUUGGAACCUGGAAACAUUGUGGAGGUUCUUGUUCUUGUUUAUGGCUUUGAAUUUGUUGUGAAGAACACAACAAUUUAUCUCAUAUAUAGUGAAUCAACUAAUGAGGAAAUUGAGCAUAGCAACAAAACAGGAGAUAAGGAUUCAACUUAUGUGCCAGAAGUUAAGAAUGUUGUUGCUUCGACUAGUGCUAAAUCUAGAUUGUGUGGAGCCUUGACUCUUGCUUCCUUUCUGAUCUGGAAAAGUCGGCGAUCUGGCAAACGAAGUUAAUUCCAAUUUAAGGUGCCAAGUCCCAACCUCAAUUGAGGAGUUCUGUUGCAUAGCUUUGGAUUCGUUUCUUGUUCCUUAUUGAACCGCGUUAACUGUAUAAGUUAGUUAGUUAGUUAAGUGGUUGAAGGUAGUUAGUGAUUAGCACUGCUUUACUGUCACGUGGGAAAAAUUGUAAGUUGGUUAAUUCUGUUACAGCUUGUAUAUAUGGGUGAGCUCACUUCUUUCUUGUUC